CGUAUUCCCAGUCCGUAUUCUACGGAGGGCGCAGAAAGAAUGUCCUCUGGAGACGUUAGACUGGUUCGCAUCCUUCUCGUUGGCGAUCCACAAUGCGGGAAGACGUCCAUAAUACUGGCUCUAGUUGGGGAGGAGUUCCCUCUCUCGGUGCCUCCCCGAGCCGAGGAGAUCACAAUACCAGGCGACGUGACUCCUGAAAAAGUUCCAACACACAUCGUAGACUUCUCCUCUCAAGAGCAAGACGAGACAACCCUCUCUGAGGAGAUUGUAAAGGCCAAUGUGGUGUGUGUGAUGUAUGACGUAACAUUUGAAGGGGCAUUUGACAGGGUGGUGUCUUACUGGCUACCACUGAUCAGGAACAGUACUGCUGGUGGACUCCCCAAACCUGUCAUUCUCGCUGGGAACAAGUGUGAUCUGCCGUAUCCGGUGGAGACUCAGGCUCAGAGAGUGCAGGAACUUCUCAACAAGUUCACUGAGAUUGAAACUGGACUGGAGUCCUCAGCCAAGGACAUGCACAAUGUGUCGGAGCUGUUCUACUUUGCUCAGAAGGCUGUCCUACACCCCACUGCUCCUCUCUAUGCACCCACUAGCAAACAGCUGAAGCCAGACUGUGCUGAAGCUCUGAAGAGAGUUUUCAAGAUCUGCGAUGUUGACAACGAUGGAAUUCUAAACGACCAGGAGCUCAACGACUUCCAGAUCCGGUGUUUCGAUGCUCCUCUGCAGCCAAACGCUCUGACCGACGUGAAGAAUAUUGUGAUGAGGAACACUGAGACUGGAGUCGAGAGAGACGGAAUCACUGUGGAAGGUCUGCCUGCUUCACUCGCUGGAGACAACUGUUUUGGUUGUGUCCUGGUUCCUGGGAGAAAGAGAGAGAGGGGGGGGAUAUCACUGGGGCAGCUAUACCACUAGGGCCACAGUUAGACCUCUGAAAAGGGAGGGCCACAGCGAAAUAUCUGAAGACGGAACCUCAAAAAUAGUACUCUCGUAUAGGCCACAUGGUGUUUGCUCAAUACGUAAGGAACGCUUCUAAAUAAAGAGCACUCUAGAAGGUGGCCCUUAUUCAGAGGUUUCACUAUGUUUAAUGUACACAUCAGUUUUACAAUAGAUGAAAGAUGCACGUUUCUUUCUAUCCAGGAUUUCUGUUCCUGAACAAGCUGUUCAUCCAGCGAGGUCGUCACGAAACUACGUGGAAAGUUCUCCGCAAGUUUGGCUACUCCAAUUCUCUGACUCUCACUGACCAAUACCUUCAGCCUAUGUUUAGUUUCCAGCCAGGCAGCAGCGUGGAGCUGAGCAAAACCGGUUACCAAUUCCUGACUGACCUGUUUAACAAGCACGACAAGGAUGGCGAUCAAGCCCUUUCACCAUUGGAACAAGAGGACAUGUUUAGCGUGUGUCCUGACUUCAUGUGGGACGACCAGCUGGUUUCAGUCACCGUGGAAACAAACAACAAGGGGUGGAUUACCAUGAACGGUUUCCUCGCCUAUUGGUCACUGCAGACAAGUGUGGACUACACCUACACGGCCCAGUUCCUGGCGUGGGUUGGCUACCCUCUGACUUGGUAGAGGUCCUCUCGCCUCAGCUCUUACUGAGGUGAGGUCGGGACAGAAGGUAAAGAGUGUCUAUCACUGUCAAGUGUUGGGAGAGAGAGGAAGUGGGAAGUCAACCUUCGUCAGAGGUCUCAUCGGCAGGGAACAGAUGGUGCAGGUGGUGGGACAAGGAGAAGAAGAGAGAAGAAGAAGAAGAGAGGCUGUGACAAUCCGAUCCCUACCUGUGGCUGGGUCAACAGUCUACCUCAUUCUCCAUGAGAACGUGUACCUGCCAGACCCCGAUGACCUGGAGGAAGGAGGAGUUGCAGAGGCCGUGGCAGCUGCUCUGGGCCAGUGCGACGUGGCCUGCUUCCUCUACGACACCUCCGACUCUCUCUCCUUCUCCUCAGCUGCCUCCCUCUACAGAGCUGUUGAGGCGUCCGUGUCAGAAGUGAUUCCAUACGUGUUUGUUGCCACAAAAUCCGACAGGCCAGCAGUCAAACAAGACAGCGAGCAGCAGCCUGCCGAGUUUUGUCGCGACAAUGCCCUCCCCCACCCGUUUCCCGUCUCUUCCUCAUCGCCCGACGCUCUGCGCAGAGUCUACGAGAAGAUUGCCACCAUUGCAGCUGAUCCGUCCAGCAAUGUGAUGGUGAGGUUCUCGGUGCCGCGAUGGCUGAAGCUGGCCUCCCUGGGCCUCCUGCUCGGUGCCGGCGUGUCUGCCGCCGUCUAUUUCAUCUACCGCUCCAAACACUUGCGCAGCUUUGUCACCUCUCAUUCUAGGGUCCACUGGUAGAAAAUUAUUUUUUUCUCUUUUUGUGACGUUGUGUAAUAAUUCAUGAGGUGGAAAAUUAUUUGCUCCAACGCCAGUUCAUAAUGCGCAUGCGCAAUCUCAUCGGGUGCGCGCGCCGAUAAUUGCAAGAUGAGGCUUUUCAAAAACCACGCCCUCACACAGCUCAGUAUUCGUCUUCUUCCUUACAGAGUUCGAGAUCGAUCGACAGAGACAGAAAGAAUUAGUGUAGUGGAGGUAGAGAGACGAUGGCUAAGUUGAUGAAGACGUUUAUCGGGCAGUUGGGCGGCAUGGCGACGCGACUCGCGGGAGGAGACGACGGAGCCGAGCGGGCGGACUCGGGCACGGGGGCAGACGUGGACGAUGCCAGCUCGUGCAACAGCGUCAAGGCGCCCACGGAGCUGUCCAGCAAGCUGUCCCUGAGCAGUGGGGAAGAGGACCGCGACAGUCACGGGGGAGCCGCGGGGGAAUGCCCGGCAAAGCGAGGCUACCUCUCCAAGUGGACCAACUACCUCCACGGCUGGCAGGAGCGCUACGUUGUGGUGGCGGAGGGCAUACUCAGCUACUACAAGUCUGAGAGCGACACGCAGUUCGGUUGCAGAGGCUCUAUAAGCCUGCACCAAGUCCGGCUCCUGCUACAUGAAUUUGAUGAGCUUCGGUUCGACAUUCGUGUCCACGACUGCACCUAUUUCUUCCGCACCACCAGCAGAGAAGAGCUCAUGUACUGGACUGACACUGUGGAAGGAAACAAAAGACACCUGGCGGAAACAGGGUUUUCAAUGGGACACAUCAGACGUCAGCCUUCUAUUCUUUCGCUGUCGGCCAUAUCACAAGCAUCCACAUCCUCCUCAAAGCUGGGGUAUGAUUUCCACACCAAGCUGGCAGAGAUAGAGACCUAUAGGGACAUCCUGUGCAGGCAGGUGGACACACUGCAGGGAUACUUUGACUCCCUCGCAGCAGAGAACAAUGGAGCAGGGAAGCUAAACGAAGACCACCAAUCUACCGAGUCAUUUGAGAGACUCUCUGAGGAAGACACGGCCUCAGACGGCGACGUCUCGCGAACCUCGUCAACCCCCAACUCCCCUUCCCUGCGUCCCCAAAACCCCACCCCCAACAGCAGUCGAUCGUCCACCCUCCCUCCCCCCACAUCCUCUCACCCCUCAGCGCUCUCACCUCUCGCACACCACCACACCACUUCUUCCGUUGUCGCCCACGCACGCUCCGGGGGCCACCGUCGUACCGGUAGUGACCCCUUCUCCUUCGCCAAACCCCUCCCCACGCGGGGAACUAGCUAUCACUCCCACUUUAAAGGGCCCCUUCAUCACACGCCAAUUAACCCUGAUUUCCGUGGGGAGGCGAUCACGUUUAAAGCCACGACUGUGGGGAUUGUUGCUUCUCUCUCCCACUGCAUCGAGGCCAUGCUCAAGAGGGAGGAGUUUUGGCAGAGGAAAUACGAGAAGGAAGAGGACAAGAGGAGAAGGGCGGAAGUGGCGGCACAUGCUGCUCUCAACGGACCCCGAAUAAAGGCCUACAAGUACGCCGGUCCCGACUACGAAGAGGGACCGCACAGCACGCUGAGCGAAGAGGAGUUUUUCGACGCACUCGAGAUGGCGUUCAAGUCAGAGGAAGACAGAGAAGUGGAAGGAGGAGGAGGAGGAGGAGGAGCGUACGACAGUUCAAAGGUCACCACGGCCGAGGAUAGAGGGGAAAAGGGUUCCUCGGAGGAAAAUCAAAACACGCCGACAAAACCGGAAAGUAACAGAGACGAAGGCACUACUGAACAACAGGCUGCUGGAAGUGUGACGUCGUCUUUGUCGACGGUGGAUGGCAGUGUUGCCCAGGCUACAUGUCCCGAUGAGAUUCAACACAAGUCCAUCACUGGUGUCACUCAUAGACUAACACCCCUGAUGAGUGAGAAGAUAUCGCAGUACGCCCGCUAUCUCUUUGAGGAGGUGGACAAUAAUUGGACCGUGGUGCACGAGGAUGGAGAGAUGAAGGUGUACCGGAGAGAGAUGGAGGACGGAGGAGUGGUGGUCGACCCGCUCAAGUCUUACUACAACGCAACCGGUGUUUCUGCACGGGAAAUAGCAAACUAUUUCUUUGAGUACGACACGAGAUUGGAGUGGGAGAACACGGUGGAAUCGGCCACCAUCCUCGAGGCGCUCUCCGAGGACACCAUUGUAUUCCACCACCUCCACAAGAGGGUGUGGCCGUCCACGCAGAGAGAUACGGUGUUCUGCUCACACAUCUGCACGCUGCCCAACGCCCCACGAGAGGAGAACCAGGUCGGGCACACCUGGAUGGUGGGCAACUUCUCCAUCGACCAUCCUGCCGCUCCGCCCAGCAGUAAGCUGAUCAGAGCCACGUUCCAGUGCGGUAUGGUGUGUCAGACUGUGGCCAAUGGACCAGUCGAACAAGGGACGGAGUCAUUGCUCACCAGAAAUGGCAUAAACUGCAAAAUACUCUAUGCUACCAAUGUGAACCCAGGUGGGUGGGCCCCCCCAGCUGUUGUACGGACAAUAGGAAAGAGAGAAAUCACCAAAUUUCUCAAGAAAUUCAGCACCAUGGCUCAGAAAAAGACCUCCGUAAAUCCACUCAGUCUCUAGCGUUGAUUUGUGUAUUUGUCUAUUAUGAUAAUAUGAUCAGAUUUAUAAUUAUUAUUCAUUGUGUACCAUGUGUUGAAAAUUAUCGUGGUCGUGAAAAAGAUGUGCUGGAGAGCGCCAUUAUAGCAUGGAUCAUGGAUGUGAAUGCAAGGCAAUCAAAAGAAUAAAUGAUCAAAUCUAUGAUAUAAGACGUGGGCUAGCUGUCUGUUGAAUCUUCCCAGUCGUCCUCCCCAGGGGUUCCGCUGGCCCCGGGGGGCAGAUCCACCCGCCCCGUGUCCAGUCUGUUGAGAAACGACUCCAGGAGUCUCUUGUUGAGGUGGUCCGUCAGCGUCUUCUCCUGCUCCUGUGGCGGGGGCUCCACCGGCACCAUGUUCAGGUCCACCGGCUCCCCGUCCCCGCUGCUGUGCCCGUUCUCGCUCUCUAUCCCAGAAUCCGCGGACAUUGCUCUGAUUUUCUAAAUAGAGAACACCAAGCGCUAUGG